GCUCUUCACCACUAGGCUUCCCAUCGGCCUAUCGCUGCUCCCCUGCAUGCUGACGACGAGACCCGGAAGCACCGAGCUGCCUGCUUUGUUUUGUUUUGGUAGCGGAGUUGGAUAAGAGGUAGACAGGCAGAGGUCCGCCGGGAGAGAGCCGCUCGCUAAAUGGGGAGAGCCACUUCGGGGAUGGAAGAUGACAGACCGAUAGCUGACGCCUGUAAAAUGCCGAGUUUUAUCAGCAGCUUAGAGGAGGAGAGGGUGAAACUGUCCCGUAAUCUGCCGGAAGAAACUUCCCUUACGGACAGCAAAGUUGAGCGUGCGGUCAGAGAUUUGAGCCGUGGUGUCACCAGAUCAAACUCGCGGUUAUCCCUGGACGGGGGUGAGGGGGACUCGGGGGACAGGAGCAGCGAGGAGGAGAAGGAUGCAAAGGGCAACAACAACAACAACUGCAACGGCGGAGGAGGAGAGAGGAGGAGGAGGGCGAGCGCUGUCGAGAUUUUGAGAAGGAAUUUCGGGGUUUCAAAAUCUCCCUCUUUGUGUCUAAAUACGAACAGCCGGAUGCAGCGCGGCGCGGAGCAUGAACAUCGCGAAGGAAACGUUAAUAACCACGUUUAUAAAGGUUAUGGAACUGAACGCGGCGAGUGUAAAAACUCGGAGCGUGAAACGGGCGAAGCGGGGACUAAAAACGAGGCAACUUUGAACGACUUAACGACUUCGGUUGUACAAAGAGUUGAAUUGCUAACCGUUAACGUUACUGGGCCGCGCCAUUAUAAACAUGACAGUGACAGCAACACAGUCGUUUUAGAUGAGUCUUUGAACACUAAAGAACACGUCUACUGCACUGUGUAUUGCAUCGCUAACGACAGAAAAGGCGUUUUAAUCACAGACGAUGAAACGGGCACAUCUGACGCACCAAAAAUGGACUCGGAGACAGAACAGGAAGCAGGCUCGAGUCCCGAACCGUCUCUGUACACAUUGGACGACUUGGUGGAUCCAUUCAGGGACAUGACCCACCCGUUGUCCAUGGAGCAGGCCGGUGCAGGGACUACGAUGCAGAGUUGCCGGGUGUGCCUGGAAGAGAAAACCAUCGCACCCCUGCCCUGCUGCAGGAAGGCCGUGUGCGAUGAGUGUCUGAAACUCUACGUCAGCGCUCAGGUGCGAGUAGCCAAAUCUUACAUCAGCUGUCCAAUCCCAGAGUGCAGUGGCUUCCUGGAGGAGGGAGUGGUGAUUUCCCAUUUAGCCAAUGAAGACGUAGCAAAAUACCGUUACUUUUUGGAGCUGAGUCAGCUAGACUCGAGCACCAAACCCUGCCCCCAGUGCAGUCAGUUCAGCUCUCUGAAGGGGAACAACUCCAACCACUCCGAGCACAAGUACAAGAUCCAGUGUAGCAAUUGUCAUUUUGUAUGGUGUUUUAAAUGCCACGCACCAUGGCACAGUGGGGUCAAAUGUCGUGAAUACAGGAAAGGAGACAAGCUGCUUCGAAGCUGGGCUAGUGUCAUAGAGCACGGGCAAAGAAACGCCCAGAAAUGUCCACAGUGUAAGAUCCAUAUUCAGCGUACAGAGGGAUGUGACCAUAUGACAUGUACGCAGUGUAACACUAACUUCUGUUACCGCUGUGGAGAGCGCUACCGACACCUAAGGUUUUUCGGGGACCAUACAUCCAACCUCAGCGUGUUUGGAUGCAAGUUUCGCUAUCUACCUGAUAAACCUCAUCUGAGACGGCUAAUUAGAGGGUCUGUCUGUGCCACUAAGGUGCUGAUAGCUCCAGUGGUCAUUUUGUUGGUCAUGGUGCUCGGAGCUUUCGCAGUGGUGAUAGGUAACACAAUUACACCCAUGAACACACACACGCACAAAAGAAUCAGGGUGAGGCUCCAGCGAGCGCGGCAAACCAAAAACAGCUAAAUGGUUUGGCUAUGUUACAAAUAUUUUCUUCCACACAGCAAAGCAGGUCCACUCUCUAUGCAAAAAAACCACACAUAAACAUGCUACAAACUUUUUAUUAGCAUGCGUGGCAGUCAUUUUUAGUUAUAUGCCCUAAAAGACAAGGAAACUGCCAAAGCUUUAGAUCCAGAUUAUCACUCUCUGGGCUAGCUUUUAUUUCCUGAAACUACAUUUACUAGUAAAAUCACCCAGCUGCACUCUGUGAGCACUCUGUCAGACAGUGAUGUGAACUAUUGAUGCCUCGGCUGAACUGUAAUUAGUGUUCAUUUCUUUCCCGUGUGUGUGCGCGUCUGACAGGUGAUCCGCUACGGGCUAACACGCGCUGAUGGAAGAAUCACAUUUAUUGUCAUCGUUAUUAGAAUCAGUGCUGUGCUGCUGCUGCUCUCUUUUUCAGCCUAAUUAACAUACACAUAGACUAUGCCAAAAAUAAGAUAGAAGAAUAAUCAAAUCCACAUAGCAAACUCAUCAGAGCUUGACAUUAACAGAAAAUUCAAGAUUUACAUUCAACGUUAAUUAAUAAUUAAUACAAAUUAGUGUCAAUUGAAACAAGGCUUUAAUCCAUCUUUGUCUUCUCUUCCUCUUUAUCUCU